UAAAGAAAAAAGAGGAGAAAAAGCAAAAAGAAAAACAGUUCAUUAACAGCGCGCAUUACUGCGACGUCGCGUCGACGCCGACGUCGUCGUCGCAUACGUGACAACGGCCAGCUACACGGCACAACAACAACAACAAGAGGAAUAACAACAACAACAACAACUGCAGCAGCAGCAGCAACAGCUGUCAGGAUGCCGCUCUCCCAGGGUUAUUACAUGAAGCCCUCGCUGGCACCCAAACGCGCACUGAAAGCGCUGCGCAAGGAGAAUCAACAGCAACAACUGCAACUGCAACUGCAACUGCAACAGCAGCAGCAGCAGCAGCAACACUUGGGCGCUGCUGCACGGCCGCUGUCCAGCUCAACGCACACGCUGCACGCGCUGCUGCUCAACAACAACAACAACAGCAGCAACAACAACAACAACAACAACAGCUCGCAGCAGCUGUCCUUUCUGCUGGGCGAGUCCUUUGCCCACUUGGGCAGCCUGGCGCAGGCGUUUAAUGUGUACGAGCUGAUUGCCAGCCUGCAGCCGGACGGACACGUGCCGCUGGACAAGCUGGCGGUCUUGGCCAGCGCUCUCACCGCACACAUACGCCAGCUGGGCGGCAUUGUGGGCGUGGGCGUGCCAUCGGCCAGCCAGGCGCUGGAGUCGAGUCGCAGAUCCAGAUACCAGCAGAUGCGCCAGCACGUGGACAUGUGGACGGCGCACACGCUGGGCUUGGAGCUGUUGCCGGGCACAGACUUGGAUUUGCAUGCGCCGACGCGAGAACUAAGCGUACCGAGUCCGGCGCUGAGCGAGGACUACGAUCCGCUGCUGUGCCCGCUCUGCGCGGACAUGCUGCGCGCUCCGGUGACGACCAAUUGCGGGCACACGUUCUGUGGCCAGUGCUGCGAGGCGAUCACGCAGUGCAACAUCUGCCAUGUCAAGUUUCCGCGCAGUGCUGAGCGUCUGCCGCAGGGCGUGGCCUUGACCAGCACCACCUCCUCCGCCUCCUCCUUCACCUCCUCCAACAGCAGCAGCAGCAGUCUCGGCCUUGGCCUGGGCCUGGGCCUGGGCAUCGCCAGCUCAUCGACGCGCUUCAUGCCGGGCCUACCGCCUGCGCCCGUCAGCAGCAGCUUUCCCCAUGGACUCGGCCUGCGUCUGGCCGUGCCCGCGCCCACCACGGUGACCACCACAACGGUGGCUUCGACGACAGCAACGGCCACAACGACCAUGGCCUCCGGCAGCUCCGCGUCCGCCCUGGUGGCCGGCAUGGGCGGCUAUGCGCUGGGCGGCGCCAAGGCCAUGAAGUUCAUGCCGGACGUGCUCGUCAGGCGUCUGGUCGAGAAGUGGUGGGGCGCCGAGCUGCAGGCCAAGAAGAUCAUCGAGAAGGCCACCAGCUGCAUGCAUCUCAAUCGCCUGGACGAUGCGCUCAAGUUCUGCAAUGCCAGCCUCGAGAAAGCGCCGAGCAACUUCAAGAGUCUCUGUCUGCGCGCCGAGGUGCUGCUGAAGCUGAGCCACUAUCAAAGCUCCCUGGCGGACAUUGAGAAUGCGCUGCGCACGCGCUGCACUUCGCCCAAGGCACACUAUUUGCGCGCCUUGGCGCUGAGCGGCUUGGGUCGACUGGAGGAUGCCCUGUACAAUGGCUUUCUGGCCAUUUGCCUGGACAAAAACACAAAUCUCAGCAACUCGGAAAUCUUUCAACAUGAUCUCGCCAAGAUACUGCAACGUCUCCUGGCCCAAACGCCCAAAAGUCGCGCAGCGAUUGAGUCGCUGCCGCCGUCGGCAGCGCAGCUGCAGCGCAGCUAUGCGGUCGCCGCCAAGGCGCCGUACGCGCUGCUCUGGGAGCAGAUGCGCCGGCGCAGGAAACAGCAUCAUCAUGUGCAUCUGGACGAUGUCGAGGAUGAGUUCGGCCUGAGCUGCGAGAAGGACUACGACAACUACAUCAUGGCCGACGAGGAGGAGGUUGAGGUCGAAGUGGAGGAGGAGGAGGAGGAGGCGGCGGCGGCGGCGGCGGAAGAGGCCCAGCUGCAAAUGGAUGGCGAUUUUCUGUUCCCCAGCGCCCUUGACUAUAUCGAUCCGCGCAACGUCUACGAGCAGCUGCACAGCGCCAAGCAGUUCGAGCUGCAGGCGCGUCGGCAUGCCAAUCGCAAGCAUUGCCGCAGAAAAUGGGCCGCGGCACAGGCGGCGGGGCAGCUGCCACAUGUGGCAGCCGGCUGCGAGACGCGACGCUGCAGCCGCUUGCUGAGCGGCGUGCUCGAGCGCACGCAGCAGGAGAUGCAGCGACUGAGAAAGCUGGAUGGGUCGGAGCAGCGGCAGCUGACCGCCGUUGGGGGCCAGCUGAUCGAUGCGAGCGAUUUUGAUUGCGUGCUGUGCUGCCGGACGCUGUGGAAGCCGGUGGUGACGCCGUGUGGACACACCUACUGUCUGGUAUGCUUGGAUCGUUGCAUGGAUUACAACUCCUCGUGUCCAUUGUGCAUGUCACCACUUGUGGAACUAAAUGUCAAUAAUAAUCUGUAUCAGGGCUCAUCCUCGCCAGUACCCUUUGCGCUGGCCAAGCGGCCAGUUACGAAAUUCCUAGAAGCCGCAAUGAAACGAUUCAUUCCAGACCACUACGAGGCGCGCUUUCGCCAGGAAAUCGAUCAGGAGCCCUCGGUGCCGGUAUUCAUCUGCACCGCGGCCUUCCCAUCGGUACCCUGUCCGCUGUUCGUCUGUGAUCCCCGCUACCGGCUGAUGGUGCGGCGUGCCCUCGAGUCCGGCGACAAGACGUUCGGCAUUGUCCAGCCGCACAGCGGCAAGUCCCGAUACUAUGAUGUCGGCACCAUAUUGGACAUAAGGGACUGUGUCCUGCUCGGCGACGGUUGCUCCAUACUGAGCACCAUCGGCUGCAAGCGCUUCAAGAUACUCGCGCGCAGCGAAAAGGAUGGCUACGAAACGGCCAAGGUGGAGUACAUAUGCGAUGAGCCGAUUGCCAUCGAUCAGGUUCAAUCUGUGGCUGCGAUGCAGUCCCUGGUGCUGGCCAAGGCGACCGGCUGGUUCGAGAGCCUCAGCACCGAGCAAAAGCACGAGAUACUCCAGAGCUAUGGCCAGAUGCCGCCGCUCGAGCACAGCUGGCAGCUGAUCGCGGACGGGCCCGCCUGGGCCUGGUGGAUCAUUGCCCUGCUGCCGCUCUCCCAGCAGCUGAAGGUGGACAUACUGGGCACCACGUCGCUAAAGAAGCGUCUGCGCGCCAUUGACAAGACGCUCGACUAUCUGCGCGAGCUGAGUCAGCCGCAGCCGCAGCAGCAGGCGCCGCAGCAGUCGCCGCAGCAGCCGCACGAUCUCAGCCUGGACUGCGAGGAGCAGGUCGCCGACGAGGCCGCAGCCGGUGUUGGUGUGGACGAGUGCUGCCUGUACGGCGAGUCGCACACCGACGAGGAGUUGCUGCUGUAGUGCAGCCCGCCUAGCUGUAGCUCCAGCAGUAGCUCUAGCAGUAGCAGUAGCUGUAGCAGUAGCAGUAGCUGUAGUUGUAGUAGUUGUAGUGAGUGUGAAAAGCGUUUCUCAAUAUGGUUAAAGCGAGCGUAAAUUCUGUGUCUAAGCCAUUCGUAUUACACGUUACUGUUAUCCUAGGGGCCAAAACGAAAGAUAUAAUAACUUAGCAGAACCAAAUUAUCAGUAGACGAAACUGUAACUGUAACUGUAACUUAGAACUGUAAACUGUAAACUGUAAACUGUAGCUAUAAAAUGUAAACUGAAAACUGUAAGCUUUACAGAUGUUAACUGAAAACUGUAAACUUUAAAGUGUAAACUGAAAACUUUAAACUGUAAACUGAAUGUGUGUAAAAGUUGAACUCAAUGUGUAGCUUAUGAAAGAGAUUUACAACAAAAAUAUAUAUAUAUAUGUAUCUAUAGUUAUGUAUAUAUAAUACACAUACAAUCAAAAGUCGCCCCUAACAAUCUAGAGAGCCCCCUAAUUUCCUGUUGAAACCAACCAAAAAAAAAAAAAAAAAAACGAAAACGAACCACAUUCCACAAAAUGAAAAAGAACAUAAAUCUUUGUACAGCAAAUACUUCUCUGCAGCAAAAAAUAUCUUCAACAACAACAACUCAUGGUUUCUACAAGAAAACACACAAAUUUUAGAAAUAAAUUAAACAACAAACAAUACCAAAACUUUGUAAAGGCCAACAACAUACACCACAAAAGAAAAAAAAAGAAGAGAAGUAGUUAAAGAGAACUCGACUCAAAUGAAGAAUUGCAACUUUUCUGGAGAAAAACUGAAUAUAAGAAGAAGAGCAGAGAAAACUCUUUCGGGAGUAUUUCUUGAUUUAUUUAAGUAUAAGCGGCUGGAACUAUAAGACAAUCUGCAACAUUUUUUUCUUAUUUUGUAUGACUAAAAAUAAUAAAACUAAAUAAAGUAUAAAUAAAAGAGGAACGAGGAGCAGCUCAUAACUAGCGUGUAGUUAGAAUUCAUGUGGAAAAUGCAAUUUAAUUUUCUUCUGUUAGCUUUCAAUUUAUAAGUCAAAUUUUCCCGCUACUCUCUCUGUCUCUAUAAACACAAGCACUCUCUCUCUCUAUCUCUCUCAGUACAUGUUUUAAUUAAGCUAUGAUAUGCGUACUAUCCAAAUUAUAUAUAUAUAUAUAUAUCAUAUGUAUGCUCACCUAUAUACCUAUAUAUAUGUAUAUAUAUUUGUAUGUGUAUGCCAAUCAAAAGGGAUUGACCGGCUAAUGCUAAUGCUCUUUUUCUGUAUUUGUAUCUGUAACAAACUUAUUAUAUAUAUAUAUUUAAACUGUAUCUGUAUCUGUAUCUAAAGUCCGCAUUCCUAUAAACGAAACACACACACACACACACAUACACACAAACUUUAAAUAGUUAUUGAAUUAAUUUAAUUAGCCUUAAGCCUCAUCAAGCCUCAUUCAAUUUUUGUAUUGUAAAGCAAAUGAAUUUUAAAAACAACAAUUUGCUUUGCCAGUCAGCUCACAUCAACCGAUACAUAAACAUAUAUAUAUAUAUAUAUAUAUAUAUAUAUAUAGAUAUAUAUAUGUGAACUUGUAUAUAGUUAGGACUUUGUUGAACCACGCCUUAUAAAGCAUAAACAAGCAUAUUUCUUAUAUGAUCACGAAUUUAAUUUUUAGCACACACCCACACACACACAGACACAGACACACACACACAUUAAGCAAUUAGCUAUGUAAUUUUAUACAUAAUAUUAAUCAUUUUUGUCAGCUAAGUUUUGAAAUAUUCAACAUAAUUUGUAAACGUUUUUUGUGUCUAAUUUAUAACGAAAAGAGUAAGAAACAGUAAAAAAAAAGUAUAUAUAAAAAAUAAAUGAAUAUCUGAAUAUAUAAAUACGAUAUGAUCUAUGAUAAACGAUAGCUCAGUUCUAUGUGUGUGCAACAAAUUUUUGACUCGUAUUUCUUUUCUUU